UGUGUGUACAACAUGUACAGUACCGGCAGGUGUGACUCUGCUAACAUGAUAUUAUGUUGAGACAAAGUCACAGGGCAGACUGUUGAUCGAGAGCAUCUCAGCAUCAUGGAACGGCUUUCCUUGCCUGGAAGAGCCCUGCUCUUUCUUCUCAUAUUUGUGAUUUCCAGAUCUGAAGUUGAUGCAGGACCAUUGCUAUGGAGGCAGAAGAGGACUUGGAUUCCUCCUCCUAAGAUGCUAAUAGAAAAUGUAGAUUACAGAAACGAGCCUUUUAUUGCUAGGAUCUUUUCUGAUGAGCAAGCUAACUUACCAGUGAGGUAUUCGUUGAAGGGGAAAGGUGCCACUGAAAACCCUGAGAAUUUGUUUGUCGUUGACCCUGACACUGGUUUGAUUCGUCUUACAGACAUUUUGGAUAGGGAGAAAAUCCCUGAGUACAAUUUACUAGGAGUUGCAAAGUAUCUCGAUGGGUCAAAUGCAGAGACGAACCUCCCACUGAGAUUUAAAGUUCAGGAUGAAAAUGAUUGUACUCCUGUAUUUGGUCAAAUGUCACCUGGCGCUGUGAAGGAAUUAAGUCCAGCAGAGACUUACAUCAUGACAAUAAAUGCAACGGAUGAUGAUGAACCUGGUAAUCCAAAUUCACAAAUUAAGUACACUAUUGUGGACCAGAAACCAGCAGGAGAAAGUAUGUUCUACAUUAGUCCGCAGGGUGAGCUCUUUGUUCGAAGGGCAGCUCUUGACAGAGAAACACAGGAUGCUUAUAUGUUGACUAUUGAAGGAACAGACCUCAAUGGUGCAAUCAAUGGCAAUACCGGAACUGGGACCGUUGUAGUUAACAUCCUUGACGUCAAUGAUAAUCUUCCUGUUCUGGAGAAAGACAGUUAUGAAGGCAGCAUAGAAGAGAACACAGCCAACAUGGAGGUGAUGAGAUUCAAAGCCAUUGAUGCUGACUUGGAAUAUACUGACAACUGGCUGGCCCAGUAUGAGAUCAUUUCAGGAAAUGAAGCCGGGUACUUCAGCAUUGAAACGGAUCCAAAAACCAACGAGGGAGUUUUGAUGUUGAAUAAGGCUGUUGACUAUGAAGAACUCCAAGAGCUGGACCUCAAAGUUGCUGUGGCAAACAAAGCACCAUUCUAUCUCUCAGGGGGUGGAGGAGGUGGGGCAGGAGGUGGAGGAGGUGGGGCAGGAGGUGGAGGAGGUGGGGCAGGAGGUGGGGCAGUGGGUGGAGGUGCAGGUGGAGGAGCAAGUGGGGCAGGAGGUGGAGGAGGUUGGGCAGGGGGUGGAGGAGGUGGGGCAUGGGGUGGAGGAACAGGAACUGGUGGAGGAUUCGGAAUAACCGGGACAGGGUACGGAAAAACGUACCCAGUAAAGAUCAGUGUGAAGAACCAGCCUGAGGGUCCCAAGUUCAGCCCCAAAGUAAAAGCAAUCCCCCUCUCUGAGGACAUCAAAAAGAUCAACCUCAAAAGUGUGAUUGGAAAAUACCCCGCGACUGAUGAAGACACCAAAAAACCUGCACAGAACGUGAGGUAUGCCAAAGGAUAUGAUCCUGACAACUGGCUCAUAGUUGAUGAAAAAACUGCUGAAAUCAAACUCAACAAAAUACCAGAUCGGGAAUCCAAAUAUCUUGUUAAUGGAACAUACGUUGCAGAAGUACUCUGCAUGACUCAAGACAUGCCAUCAAAGACCUCCACUGGCACCAUUGCCAUCCAGGUGGAAGACUUCAAUGAUCACUGCCCCCAACUCACAAGCACUUCCCAGACUAUGUGCACAGAUGAUGACAGCCUGCUCAUCACUGCUAGAGAUGAUGAUGCUGACCCCAAUGGUGCUCCUUUUAUGUUCAGUAUCAUUCCUGAAAGUGCCAAGGAACAAUGGAAAGUGGAACGUUUGAAUGACACGACAGCUAUCCUGCGAGUCCAGAAGCCCUUAUGGCCUGGUCCCCAUGAGGUUACUGUGGAGAUAAAGGACCAGCAAGGAUAUGCCUGUCCUGACAAACAGGUGUUGAAUGUGAAGGCCUGCACCUGCACCGUGGACAAAGAGUGCCAUAGCAAAGCAAGGGAGGCGAAGGGGGCCGUGUUUGGGGCCCCGGGGAUUGGUCUACUCCUCCUUGGGCUCCUGAUGCUCCUGCUUGUGCCCCUUCUGCUGCUGUUCUGCACUUGUGGUGCUGGUGCUGGUGCAGGAGGGAUCGGAGGAGCUUUCUCUGAUAUUCCUUUUGACACCAAAGAACAACUGAUGGCAUACCACACUGAGGGCCAGGGUGAGGACAAGGAUGUGCCGCUGCUAAGUGCUCCUGCUGACCUCAGCAGAGGAUUCACUAAAUCUGCAGCUAUUAGUUCAUGCGCUCCUGUACCUGCAGACGUUGGCCUCCUGUCCACUUCCUCAAUGAUGGGUGGUGGGACCAGUUUCGUCAUUCAUAACAAUGACCCCAUGGAAAUGUCCCAAAAAGACAUGCUGGGCAAUAACAGAGGGAGUGCUUUUAAUUUGAGGCAUGGAAGAGUUGAAGGUGAUAUGUACGACGGAAUAGCCCUUCCAGGUCAUUAUUUGAAAGAGUACUACUCGCAGAAGGCCAGCUGUGCAGCAGGAAAUGAAGCUGAGACAGAAGACUUGUUGGCGUUUAACUUCGAAGGACACGGAUCACCCGUGGGGUCUGUUGGGUGCUGCAGUCUCCUUGAGGCAGACAAUGAUCUGGAAUUUCUGAACAACCUGGGCCCCAAGUUCAAAACCCUGGCGGAGAUCUGUAGAGGUCCAGAAGUGGAACCAGAGGUGUCCGUCCCACCACCACAGCCCAAAGCAGAACACACCACGAUGACAAGUGUGGUCACAAACAGUGCUCUCAGUGCGUCUAGUUUACCUCCACCCAGCAGCCAUGUGGAAAAGCAUGUUGUCGCAGAGACGAGUCGCACGGCUACUCUUCCUAGUGUGACAGUUCGUGAGAAUGCGAUGAUUCCUAAUCAGGCGUAUGUCAUUCAGCAGCCUGUGUACCUCGCCUCGACCCCUGUGUUGCAAACAACUCAGUAUGUUAUGGAGCCACAGGUUCACAACACUGUGCUGGUGUCAGAGUUGCCCUCAGUUUCAAACAUGCAGACAAUGUAUGUAGUAGAUGGUGUUCCAGGCCCAGAAAGCGUGAUUAUGAAGGAGCGGGUUGUGACAGGUCCGGCUGUUGGAGGGGUGGUCAGCAGUAGUGUAGGUACUGGUCAGGUGGUGCGAGAGGGUUUAGUGGGAGUGAACUCAGGCCUUGUAGGCAUGAAUAAUCUCUAUGGAUCACAGAACCUUAUUUUAUUGGAAGGAGCAGGAAGCGGAGGCCAGCUUCUCCAGAAUGGAACCCUGCAGAAGCGUGAUCUGUCUGGAUCUCAGAAAAUCUUGCUGGUGGAUGGUCAGAUGGCAUCUGGACAGGUGAUCUCAGGAGGGUCUUCUUGGGUCCAGCAAGGGUCUCUACACAGGGGAAACCUUUCUGGGUCUCAGAACAUCCACAUUGUGGACGGACAGGGAGCCAGCGGAUUGGUAGUGCAGGCGGGAACCUCAGGGUUGACCCAGGGGGUAUUGCAGGCAGGUCAGCUGUCAGGAAUGCAGAGUGCAGUCUUUGCAGAACAAAAUGUGUCUUCCAGGCCUAGUGGAGUAAUGGGGUCGAGGAGCUCUGCGCAAAUAAAUGGUCUUCCUGUCUUAAAGAAACACACCCGCUGAAGAGAUGAAAAAGUUUUGGUUUAGAAGCAAACUGCAGAAUGAAGGAAAAAAUCUGAUGGUCUGCAGAGUAUCGUGUUCUGCCAAUGGGCCUGAUUCUGAUUUUAUACAAUAACUCUCUAUUGUACAGAUACAUCCACCUAGCCAACAUCAUAUUAUGUGGAAAAGCUGCAUGGUUGAUGUAAUAGAAAACAUUUUUUAAAAAAUUAUAUUUUACCACAGUUUCCUUUCUGUUCAUAUCUGAUUACAAGUUGUAGUCACCUGUCACAGUCCGUGCUUUGCAAAAGUCAACACUGACAGCUAACACUGAUAUAGACACUGUUCCUAUAUUUUUAAAGUAAUAUUUACUCAUAUAUCCAACUGUCUGGAGAGGGACCGUUUAUUUUUUUUGUUGUUUUUGAUUUUUACAUGUAAAGCUUGUGACUCAAUACACACUUAAUAAAAGUACGA